AUGGCUCGCCUGCCUGAUCUGCCCCCAGAGGUUCCCUUGAACAUCUACCGACUUCUGCUAGUCGACCCAAUCCAAGAGGGACUGCGCGUCACCUUCACCAUCGAGCUUUCCCAUAGCGACCGAAUGAUAUGCCGCCGCACUCGCUGCACUCAAACUGAUCUGCCGCACCAAGCAGGCCAUUCUGCUCACCCCUGCCAUCUUGAUGCUUUGCUUGCAACUAUUCAUCACUUCGACUUCACCGACCUGAUGUCUUUGGCCAGGGCAAACAGGACGCUCUAUAUAGAGGCGAGCCAGACCGUAUACAACAACGUUGACCUCACUCUGGAAUUCUAUCGGUCGCCAUCACCUGCGAGACCAACUUCUGCUUCCGAACUCCUACAUCGCUACCUUGGACAACAUUGUGCUCGAACUCUCGAAAUGAUCCCCUCUCUGAUCAUCCACGAUGAGUUGGCCCUCAUGUCUCCCGGAGAUGCUGAUUCCAUUGUGUGUCUCGUCAAUACCCAACUGCCAAACUUGAAAGUUCUUGGGUACCACCUCAUGGCCAGCGGAGGUUCUUCGCUGCCACUCAUCUUGCGUAGCUUCUGCCGCAAACACUGUCGAGCUAUCAGCACUAUCCAGCCUUUCGUCAAUCUGCAAGCCCAGAUCCACACAAAUCUGGAUCUACCCGUACCUCCAGAAGUCGCAUCACUAGAUCCACAAUUGUAUAUCCAGUUGUGUGGCAUCAGCAAAGACUUCGCCGAGAGAGCCCUGCAGACUAUCAAACGAUUGCAAGAGUUUCGUAAAGUCAUGCGUGAUCAACAUGCGCUGGCGCUGGAGCGUGGACGUUACCUGCACGCCACUUUGUUUGUCCGUUCCUCGCCAAAUGCGCGGGUCAGUAAGCAGAUACCCGGGUUUGAGGCGAAGCUGGUUGCCAUGCAUAGCUUUGGCGUGCUCACGGGCUUGCACCGUCAAAUGCUGCGUGUCACUCGCGGUUCCAGAUGA